UUCCAAGGGGCAGCCACACGAGAUAGCGGACAGGUUGGCAGAAUUGUUUCCAUUUUUAACGCCACUAAUACAAAUCUGGAGAAUUGUGUAUGUCCAAACAGAUAGCUGCUGGAAUACUGGUGUUGCUGGUUAGCUGUGUGUUGAUGCGGACCUAUCUGUUUGCGGGCGCACGACGACUGUACAGCGUGAUGGCAGAGACCACAGCCUACACCUCGGGCACACACUCCGCAUGCUUCGUCACCGUGCCUGACGAGGAAGUCGGCAAGAAAAUCGCAAAGGGCCUGGUGGAAAACAAGCUGGCAGCCUGUGUCAACAUCAUACCUAAGAUCAUCUCUGUAUAUGAAUGGGAGGGCAAGAUAGAGGAAGAUGGAGAACUUCUACUGAUGAUCAAGACAAGGACAAGCAAGGUGGCAGCAUUGACAGAUUUUGUGAGAAAGAACCACCCCUAUGACGUUCCUGAGGUCAUUAGCACCAAGCUUGACCAAGGAAACCCUGCCUACAUGAAGUGGCUGGGUGAAACUGUGCCUGACAACUAGACCACCUGUCCUGACCACACCUGUCUUACAACACCUGUUUUACAACACCUGUUUUACUGCACCUGUUCUCAGCAACAGAAAUAGCGCAAAAUGUUGCAUAUAAUGCUUACUUUCUGGUACAGAUUUCUCUGCACAUGUAUGUCUUCCAAAUACAUGUGCUGUUCUCUGCUUUGAUCCCAAACUGUGUGUGUAGCUGCUGUACUUUUUCGUUAAGAAAAACAUUUGGUGUAGUGCCAAUAAAUGCAAUUUCCUAGA